AUGCAGUAUUGCAAUAGCAAUAGCAACACCAGCGGUGGAAGUGGCAGUGGCAGUGGGGGCGGCAACGCAGGCAUGCUUGCGGGUGGCGGCGGCGGCGCAAAUGGCGGUAGUUGCGCUGGUGCUAGCAGCAGCGAUGGCAACAGAAGCUAUGGCAGUGGCAAUAGUUACAUUGGCGUCGGCGGCAGGGGCACUUAUGGUUUUCUCGAUGGCAAUGAAGAGUUCACACCGAUGUCGCACUAUGUCGGAGGAGGCAAUAGCAAUAGCGGCAACGUUAGCCAUCGAGGAGGAAAUAUGUUGCAACAUCAUAAUACGCAACAGCAGCAACAACAGCCACCGCACAACCAAUACCAGCAGUAUCAGCAGCUUCAGCAGGUGCCUAUAAAGUUAUCGCCUGGCAGUUUGACGCCACCGCCAACAACAACAGCAUUGGCAACCGGCCUACAGCCGAUGCUGCAUUUGCCGUCGGCAUCAGUCGCAGCGCCAACGACGCUUUUACCGCCACCAGCGCCGCCGCCGCCGCCCCAGCAUUACUUCGGAGCCGCCGAGGAGUAUGCCCGAAACUCAACUCAACAACUUUCGUCGCCCGAAAUCAGUCAGCACUCUUCUCAUCAUCACCAUCACCAUCCGCAUCCUCAUCAUCAUCAUCAUUGCCGAUUAUCAGCAGCAGCUAUUAGCCGUACUCGUAACCAUAUACUCGACCCCAAAUUACAUGCUCACGCGCACACACCUUCAACUGCUAACCCAUCAGACGUCACAGUGGCUCUACACUCAACGGAAGCCUUAAUGGCUGCGGGUUUCUUGAAAUCCGGCGAUUUGGGUCCACAUCCGCACAGCUAUGGCGGCCCACACCCACAUCAUUCGGUGCCGCAUGGGCCGCUGCCGCCAGGAAUGCCAAUGCCUUCGCUGGGACCCUUCGGAUUACCCCACGGCUUAGAAGCUGUUGGGUUCUCCCAAGUUGCAGUUGCAGCUGCCAUGGAAAAUGGCCGCUACAUACAGGGUGGCUAUGUAAUAAGCUAA